CCGAGUUUUAGAAUGCUCAGUUUGUCCGGAAGUCUCACUGUCAUCAAUUCGUCGGUGUGUUCAUGGUCAUAUCAUUUGUGUUGGAUGUAGAUCGAAAACACGUCAAAUCGAACGUCAAAUCGUCAAACAGAAGAAAACGUCUGCUAGGAUUUUACAUGAUUGUUUAUGAUUUAUUCAUUAUCCAACAACGCAAAUAGUUCUUAACUAAUGCCAGUAAACGUUAAUUUAAUUGAAGUUUAUAGCAUUAAAAAACGUGCGAUUUAUAUCUUCGAAAUGUAUGUCUUAUGUAAAGAAAUCGAAUACGAAAUUUGAGAGUGAUCACAGUUAUUAUUUACUAAUAAUUCCUACGUUUGAUCAAUAAACUUGUUAAAUAAACUUUGUUCAUUGCCUCGGCCACGCUGCUGUAUAGUUAAAAUCGACGCGGUAGCUUUUACCCUCUUGUAGUACAAGAUAUUUACUCUAGAGUGAGCCACAUGCUUAUACUGGUUCACAAUGUUCAUAUACUGGUCAUGCAUGUUUUUCACAUUUGUAAGUAGGUCAUAAUUUUUGAUGUUCUUUUUCGAUUCUUUCGCAAAUUUUCAAAAUAGGUUCGGAAUAAUUUAACUUAAAAUUGAUAAAUACGAGAAUAUUCCAAGAUUUUGUGCUAAAAUUCGAUUAUCUCAAAAAGCUUGUGAGAAAUAUACAAAUUUCAGAUACGUGGAUAUAAUACGUGUAAAAAUGAUAUCAGUUGAUUUUAACAAAGUAGCUAAUGUUGAAGUUAAAAAUGAGAAUGAUAUAUCAACAUCAGAAGUAAUUCAAACAAAUAAUGAUCGAAAUCUAAAUACCUCAACUGUUGCAAAAGUUGAUGAUGAAACUGUGGUUUCUUCAGAAAUAUCCACUAGCAAUGAAGCAUUAUACUCUUUCUGUAAAGAAAAAAGUAUAGUGAAUGCUCUAACUGUUGGAGAAGAGGGUACUAUCGAAAUUCAGACAGAAAUAAAGGAGAAUAUAUAUGGUUGUACAUUAUUGCCUAAUAGUUCAGAACCUGAUUAUGGAAAAUUAGUAGUUGAUUUGCCUAGAAUGUGCUCGCAAAUAGCAAAAUCUUCAACUCAUAGACCAAAUGUAGGAGAUUUAAUAUGUGGUCAAAAAAUGAAUGAAGAAUGGGUUAGGGGAUAUAUUGUAUCUCAGCUACCAUACCUAAAAGUGGCUGUUAUAGACGAAGCUGUAAUGGCAACAAUUAAUAACAUUACUACAUGCGAUGAAAUCUCUUCAGAUUUUUGUGCAUUUGGUGCACUAUGUGAAGUAACUGAUGCUGGGCAUAAAUUUGAAGAAGGUGAUGUAUAUGAGUUUAAAGUAACAGGCCAGACAAAUAAUAACGAGCAAGGCGGAUAUGAAAUAUUAAUUCUUACGGAUGAGGUAAAAGCUACUGUAAAACCUUGGAUUCCAACGCCGGAACAAUUGGGAGUACCAUGUGCUGAAGUGGAUAAUGAAACUGAAGUAAUCGUUACUGGUUAUCGAAAUCAUAUACAUCUGUAUGUUCGUCCCAUAAAUACUGUAGGUUUGGAACACUAUAACCAUGUUAUGCAACUUGUUGCACAAUGCGCUGAAACAUCACCAUUUUUAAAAGAACCACCAGCUAUUGGGGAUAUAGUAAUAGCUCAGUCUGCUGACAAAAAAUAUUAUCGUGCAUUUGUUACUAGGGUAGAAGAUGGUAAUAUUACAACUUUAUAUCUUGAUGUUGGUAAAAAAGAAGUUACAGAUAUGAAGAAGCUUAAGAUUAUACCUGAUGAUUUGAAGGAGUUCCAAUAUUGUAUGACAAAGGUCAUACUAAGAGAUGUUCCUAGAGAUAUUCCUCUGUUGGAAGAAAUAGAUGAAUUUCUGGCUUGCAUAGUGACAAAUGAAAUUCCUCUGUUAUGUACAUAUGAUGGUAUACCUUCCUUAGACGGUGUAUAUCUGAAAUUUUUUGAUGGAGACACCCUUAAUAAUAUGAUAUGUAAAUUUAUCAAACCUAAGGGAGCUGCUGAGUAAAUAGAAAAAUGAACCUCAGAAUUAGUUCCUCCCAAUACCUGUAUUAAAGUAAAAAUUAUUGAGCAUGAUCUGGAACCUGGAAUGUAUAAUGUGAAAUUAACAUUGGUUAAAGCCAAGUUAAUUGAAGAAUGUUUAAUAUCAGCUCAGGGGGAAAAGAAGAAACACAAAAAGAAAACAUGCAUCUUAUUAUGCAAAAAGAGAACAUAUUAUUUAUAAUGUUUGAAGCUAGAAUUGAGAUAUUUUUAGUUAAAAUAGUUAAAACAUGAUGUUUCUUGAAAGUAUUUUAAUAUUUUUAGAAGACAUUCCACACCUUGAUAUUAUUGCACCUUUUGUUAUUUAACAGUUCAAAAAUUUGAUAUCUUAAGUUAGAAAUUGCAAUGUGUCACUCAAUUACUAUGUAAGGUCAGUACUUUUUGAACACAUUUUUUGUAUUUACUUUUGUCAAUAUUAUGUUUUAUUUCCGUGAAUCUCUAUAUUCUACAUACCUUUUGCGAGACCUUUAUUUUGUGUACAAUUUACAAUAAAUAUUAAGUGAAAAUAAAGAGUUCGCUCAGUGUACUUAAUUCCAUACUGAAAGAUGAAUUUGUUGAUUGUGAUAAUCCUUUCACUAAUAAAACUUAUGAAGUUUUAGAAGUUAAUUUUAUAAUAGGUAUUUUCUGUGAGUUCAGUACAUAAUUUAAUUGAAGUUAUAGCUGAUUUAACGAUUUAUCAUUCUAACCUAUCUUACAAGCAGCUUACUAAGCUUACUGCUCGAUGUGUCUGUUCAGAUGACAGAUCAUUGUAAGCAACUGCCCGAUUUAAAUAAUACGAGGCUUCCAAACGAUAGGAAUAAUAAAUAAUGAAUGUUCAAAUAAGACACCCUUACGAGGGUCUAUUGCAUAAGUAUACUAAUGCCAUGAAAGGAUGGCAAUAUCGUCGGUUUAUACUUGUAUCAGAGACUGGAAAAUGUCAUGUAAUGUAACACCUCAUCAGUUACAAGCUCGUUUAUUAUGGUAACCAAAGUAAAAUACUUAUGUCAGCGUUUAUUCAUCAAUACAGGUUACAUAUAUAAUAAUUAAUUAUUAUUAAUAAGACGUUCGCUAUUAAAACGUAAAUGUUUCCGUAUAAGUAAUACAUUUAUUCCAUUCUGUAAAGAAAACAUUUCUUUCGAAUUCAUAUUUAUAUCAAUGUUAAAGUAAAAGGAAAAGGUCAAGACUGCAAUUCCCUCGGAGAAUAAAUGUCAAGGACACGAAAUUAGGUGAAGGUGCACAAGCGAGUGUUUUAACGUGUUUAGAGAACAGACUCGAUCAGUUUCAUUAUUGCGUGGCCCUCGUGAACAUCAUAACAUUUACAUGUU